CGGUACCGGCAUACUUUCAACAGCAGUUACAACCCCAUAUCUCAUGGACACAUGAAGGUUUCCGAGUCUCUCUCCCCUUCGCCUACUCGUAUGCAUUCCCUCUUCUCCCGAUCUCUUCUCUCUAUGGUUUAAUUAUAGGGAACCUGUCCUGUUUUUGUUGAUUCCCGCCGCGCGGCUCUGUUACCUCCUGCGUGUGCCUUGCCUUUCCUGUUUUCGUUGUACUGCGUUGCCAGCGUGGCAGCGGGUUUGGCAGAAAGGGAGAAGCGCACCCCACGCAUUGGGAAAAGCACCAAGCAGAGUAAAAGCAUAAGCAGGGCAGAGGCAUACCAAGCACCAGCAUUGUUGCUCCUUCUCGUUAUUCUUCUGCUACAUCAGCUAACCACCACUCGUUCUGUCUUGUAGCCCCCCCUCAACCUCCAUCUCGAACCUCCUCUCCCACCCCUUCUCAACCCGCUCAAGCAAGUGCAUCGGCUCCCCCAUCUCCAUCUGCUACUCCACCUCCGCAAAAUAUGACGAUAGCCCAAGGUCGGCACCAGUCGUCCUUGAAGCACCGGCCCAGUUUGCCUGUUUCUGCCUCCGUUCCUUCUAGCCAGCUGCCUUUGCUUUCCGGUGAUUCAUACAUUUCCUCCCUUCCUUCUGCCUUCGUGGGCCAGACUACAUCACUUGCCGAGCUAGCGCAUCUGGUCAAAUUCCAAUCUUACCAGGAACAUAAACAUCUUCAGAGCCGGAUACGUUUACACAAGUCACUAGUAUUGAGUGCCAUUUCCGCGCGGUUAACCAGGUCCGGUGAACUCUGUCAUAAAGCAUUAGUUGAUAACUUCAAAUCUGAUCAGAAAUCGGAUUUCGCCACCCUCUACAACGCACUUCACGAUGUCAGAAAUUCAUGUGAGGCGACGCGCCGGUUCGCAAUGCUGGAACCCGAAUUGGAUUCGGCGAAGCCCUCAAAUUCUUCCGACGACAAUGGGGGACCCAAAGGAUUGACAUCCUUUCUCCAUGAGAUUCCGGUCCAGGCGCGGGAUACUAUACUCUCGUUUAUUUCAAUGAUCAGAUCUAGCCCAACAUUCCUCGCAAAUCGCCUUGCCCGUCUCACGAAUUCUGAGUUGGAGAGCUUGGUCCGGCAUCACUAUCAACCAAACCCGCAGGAAUCUAUCCUGCCCCAGCAAGUGCCCAGACGUGGCAAUGCAGCCUCUAGAAAUACCACAUCUCAAAUUCCCAUGCCCAGUCCGGUAGAGCGACUUCUCGCCUUUCACCGCAACGACCCAUUAUACACCAUAUUGCACACGAUAUUUGCGAACUCUACAGGCCCCGAUUCCGCGGAGGACAAGCGGAGAACGGAUGUUUGGGCAACUACCUGCGCCAAAUUGAUUUGCGAUAGUAAGGGCGAAUCUUUCCUAUUGGUUAUUAUGGAUUCAUGGACAGCAAUGCGGGAAUGGCCCGCCAAAGCCAACUUGGAAAUUUGUUUGAUGAACCUUAUACAGGAAGGUUCCUUUCUGGUGGAUGAGAAUAACGGUGGCUCUCAAGCGGAUCUUCGUGGAAAGCAGGACCUUCUAGCAGAGGAAUUCUGGAUUAAAGCGGAGAAGAAGUUGCUCGAGGUUUUGGACGACGAUCCCAGUGCUGGAGGAAUACCGGAAGGCAUCCUCGAAUUAGGACAUGCGAUCCUGCAGAAGAUUGACGACCCUAAAAAGAAACGCCAGGCAGAAAUAACGCUUGUGGCGAAGUGGUUCUUCCAGCGGUUCCUGACCAAUGGAAUCGCUUACCCAGAGGUAUGCACCGCGAGUGGUUAUCCUUGUGGGCUUGUCAUCACGCAACUAACGGACCUAUCAGUACUACGGGAUUAUGACCGGCCAUCAUAUUAGUGAACACGCUAGGCUAAAGAUUUUGCGACCAGUUUUAAAGAAGAUGUACAACCAUGCGGUCAGUGUUGUCUUUGGUGAUUGGUAGGUUGAUUCCGGAUUCUUCAUCCUGGGAAAUAUGAUUGAUCAGGUAUAUUUAGGAAAACUAAUAAUCCUGUGGAACCUGUGGUUCGGGGCCAUAUUGAGAACUUGCUUGCCCGAUUUCGCAAUCCACAUCCCACCGAUUCAACGCCUGUUCUCCUCCCGACCAAGGCCAUCACCUCUCCCCGAGAGACAACAGAAGUUCAACCUUUCAUUGUGCUGUGUCCGGCGGAUAUCGUUACUCUCUAUCGGGCGUUGUAUCCUCACGGUUCAUCCGCUACUGUGGAAGGACGUGAUAUCCGAGGAGCCAUGGGCAGCAGAUCUUCCUCUCGGCAAAUAUUCGGCAAAUCUCCGAAUACCGGAUUUGAGAUUGGUUCGGGUUCGGUCCUUAGCGGGUCUGGUUCUUCUGUUACCAGUGAAUCGGCAUCGAUGACUUAUCCUUUACUUGAACGAUCAAGCUUCCCGGAUGACAGACGGUCGCUUGCAUCUAUUCCUUUGGCGUCACCAUCAUCCUUUUCUUUCAACACUCAAACCUUCCACCCAUCCAGUUCGGACCCAAACUCUCUGGAGAAGUUUGGCCUGGAGGUUAGAUCGGCGGUCGAGGCGAUGAUGGGCAGACUUGGGCCCGAUGUUACCUCUGGGAAAUGCCAUCCCUGCGCUGAAAAGUGGGCGGUAAUUUACGUCUCCCCGGACGGAAAGGAACUGAGUUUGAAGAUGCGGAAGGAUUGGGAUGAGGAUGACGAAGAUGACGACGAGGAAGGACACAAUAGCGAUAGUGAAGACGAGGCGCCGCUUGAGGUUUCGGGCCUUGACAGGGCUUACAAUCAACUUAAGGAGUCAGUCAUGAAGUUGGUGGCCGAAUUUGAAAUUCCCGAGGAGCCAGUCUCCGAGAAUCCCAAGUUCAGUAAUAGGCCAUCGGCUGCGAGAGCCAACAGUGCUCCCAGUGCUCCAACCAUUCCAAUCGUCGAAACGGGUCCAGAGACUAAGCUAGAUCCUAGUAAUCCGUUCCAUCCUCAGAGCAACCUAACAGCGAUGAUCACGGCAGGUCAAUCGAAGGCGCCAGCCCCCGACCGUUCACGGGGUGCUGCUCUCAAGGACAAUCUGGAUAAGCCUAAACAGCGUAUCCAAACACCACCCUCACUCCUUUUCACCAUGCUUCAGGCCGCCUCUGCGCAAUGUUUGGCCAGAGGAGACUACGUCUCUUCACAGCAGUAUCAUAGGGCGGUAUUGCAAGCUCGGAGACUUCCUCAAUCACUUCACCGUGAUGGGUAUGCCCCCUUACUUCAUAUCUUUUCCAGAGAUCCUCGCGAUUCAAUAGAGAGAUCGGCAGCCGGGAUUGAAGAAUGCGAAGCAUGGUUUGUUUGGCUCACUCUUGCCCAAGAACGGCAUGAAACCGCCGUGGACGAAAUGAUGCACAAGAUCAAGGACCUUCGUGACAAGAUGUGGUAUGUCACGGAUGUGCGCAAUUCGGCAGCCUACGACGAGGCCCGCAAUGUCGCUUUAGCCCUGAAGAAGAUGAGCAUGCCCCAACGGCCCAAGACAGACACGAAGACCAAGAGCUCCUCCCGUAACCUCAGCCACCGAAUGUCGGCUAGCAGUUUCUCGCUUUUGAAAUCGGAUACCCUGAUCGACAUCCUCGCUGCCCAGACAGAGCACGGGGGACUCAACAAGCUAAGCGAUGAGCAGGCAAGCAUGACUUUCGAGUACCUCAGUAGAUAUUCAGUUGAGAAUUUUUGCAAGGGGGAAGAGAGGAUUCAUCGCUUUUGCCUUGAGAUCGAUAAAUGUGUUACUAAACUUGUUGGCGAUGGGAUACUUGACGGACCCGUCCUCUGGUCGAGUGAACUGUUUUCCCGAGACGACCGAGAGAUGGCUAUUAACCGCCCGAAGGGUGAACUCUACCUGGCAGGAGUGGGGACACUAAGUGUUUCAGGAGAUGAUGAUGACCAUGAGGAUGGGCGCGUUAAGCGCAGUCUGGAUAUGCUCCGGAGGCCAAGUACCAGUGACAUUUUCGGUAGGAACCGGUCUGCAAGUCUUGUCAGCUCUAUCCACGAUCUCCCAUCCAGCCGUGGUAAAGGAAGGACAAAAUCCAAUGCUGGCCUUAUGGAUUCCAUUGAUAGACAAGAUUUGUUUGGUAUGCCUAGCCCGGCCCUGCAGUCGGAAACUCACAAUACCUAUUGGUCCCCGUUUUCCUCUCAUAGCAAUAAUUCCAGUUCUGGCAGGCCUAAAACCGCACAUUCACCAACCUCAUUAUCCAAAUCCUUGGAGACAGUUAACCACCAAAAAAGGAAAUUCCUAGGAGAGUUAAAACAAUCACUAACCGGUCUUCUCUUGAGCGACCUUGGUCUAGAGGUCUUCAGCCAAGGCAGUGAAACAGACGGAUGGUUUUCGGGCGGCUUGGGGGAUGAGUGUAUCCAGAGGAAGGAGGAGCAGGAAGAGGCCAAGCGAAAGGCGGCGGAGAAACAAUCGUCCAGGAACAACAAUGGCGGGUCUGGCACCAAGAAGCUGGCCAGAAAGAAGAGCACCAAAAACGUCCGGAAAUCUGCUAACACUGGCACUUUCGAAGCUUUAGGCAAGGAGAAAAAGGGAGAGCUGGCAGCACCAGUUGCCACUUUGGAAAAUGUUGGUCGUGAAGCCCAUUCUGGAGAGGAGAAUUCAUCAUCUAGCGAUGCCACUGCUCGGACUUCAACCCUUUCCGCUGCCAAGAAGGGUGGCCUUAUGGCGUUCCCCUAUGGCCAUGCUUUCCGGAGGUUACUCAUGAAGUUCUCUACUCACCCCAACCCAUUCCAAAAGUUACAAGCCAUCUACGAGCUAGAGCUUCUCAUAGUUGCAUCUCUUUCUUCCCAGUCUCCUUCAUGCAUACGCAAACCGACGCUUCCAUCGAUGCCUAGCUCGCCGUUUUUGGAGGCUAUGGGAGAGGCCUCUUCUCGGAUAUGUAGUCUACAGCUCUCGCAGCCAAGCAACAUUGAGGAGGCAAUGGCCAAUCUUGAGGAGAGAAGAUCGAAUGUCAUGAACAGUGGCGCUAUAACUUCGCCUCUAAUGACACCAAGCGGUGCCCGCUCACCAACCCACACUGCGGCGCCCAGUGCGGACAUGAUUGUGGACGUAUUACAGCACUUGUUCAGACAGGCAGAAAUCCGGCCCAAAACGUUGUUUCGUGAUUUGCAAUUUGUCGCCGCUUUCGUUCCUGCUUCUAUCCUGGACAGGACUGCUAUUGGGAAAGCAUUCUGGGAUACCGGAUUGGCAGCUCUCGGGUUAAAGCAGGAUGUCUGUAGAACUAUGGCGGAGAUCGCAGAUGAGAUUGUGGCCAAGGAUGCCAUUCAGCGCGAAUCAGAGUCUGGCAAGGAGAAGGGCAACAAGGGUGAGAAUCAGGAGUACAGCCGUUACACAAUGCAGGACGCGGCCACAAUGUGGAACAUCGCGGCGAAGGAAGGCGACCCUGCAGCCCAGCGGGAACUGGCCAUCUUCUACCUCACUAAUCCAACAUUGCUUCCGCGCUCAACCAAGCCGUUGUCUAAGCCGAAGGAUACAUUCAGGCCAGAGAUGAUGGUCGCCAAGGGCGAGGAUCCCGAGAAGCGGGAUCCUGCGACGAUGUGCGUUGCUUAUCACUGGAUGGAACUGUCUGCCCAGGGAGGCGACGAGUUGGCCAGGAAGUACCUCCGAUCUCAGCGUGAGGAGUGGUAAAAUGUAUCUUCUGUUGUGCUCAUCUUGUAUCGCACAUUUUCACUUACUUUUAUUCCUCUUUUGUUUUUAUUUUCUUGAUAUCCUUCCAUUUAGCACCAAAAAGCAUUUGAGGUAGAACAUUGGGGCGAAGGCGCUUUUUUUCUUUUUUUCUUCACCUUUUCUUGCUCCCCGCAUCAUGUAACGGACUGGUCCGACCUGGUCCCGCCCGGGGUCCUUCGUUUCCAGCCUAUUUCCUAACACCUAGCCAGCGGUCUCCCUUUUUAAUCGCGUUUUUAAAAGUCAAUUUUUCUUGUUUUAUUUUCACCUUCGCCCUUUUGCUGACAUUUCUAACAAAAUCAACAAUAGGGAGAGCCGGGAGGGGGAAGUAUGUAAGAUUCUGACGGAGUGUAUUAGGGCUUUUGUUUUUCCGGCUUGAUAUUGCCUUCUAUUUCAUAACACUUUGUCGCGCUGCUUUACUGCUAUUUGAUACCAUUUGUAACUUUUUUCUUUCUCUCCACUCACCUCUCGCCACAUUUAUCCAUUAUUUAUCCCUUGAUGAUACCUCAGCUAGCAUGGGUACGAGCGGGCGUCGGUGGUUCGCGUUUUUCAUUUUCCUAAUUUCAUUCCCGGGAGUUUUCCUCUUUUCCACCUUACUAACCUACUCUCGCACGGGACAGAUGACACUUUUUUACUGUACAUUGGGCGCCAUUUGCCCUAUUCUUGGCUUCUUCCCUGUAUGAUCAACGAAUUUCCUUUCAUUAUGAUACUUUACCUCCCCAGUUCUUGGGGGGUUGGUGAUUGGGAUUGGGUAAGGAGGGUGAGUGAGUGCCUGUGAUGGAUGGAUUGGGGAGAGGGCGUAGGUAAAUAAAUGGUGUCAUUGUUCUUAA